AGAAAGAGAAUGUGUCAAUGUUGACAUGUGGUGUCUGUAUGUUAGAGUGUUAUGCGUUACCACCAAGUAUUUGACUAUGUUUAGUCUGUAGUGUUUAUUUUCUAGUCCCAAUAUCUCAAUAUCUUUGAAAUCUUUUUUUUUAAUCCGUGGUAAAAAAAAAAAAAAAAAAAUGACAGAGGGAAAUAUAAGUGGAGAUUUUUAUUUCUCGUCCCACCUUCGUAAUUUCUCACAACACUCGCGUAAGCUCGCUGACGCCAUAGGAUUUGUCGGACGUAGAGUCAACAAGUGCUGCGCCCUUUGACCUUCGCGAUAACAGAAUCAAGGGAGGUAACUGACGGGUCGAAGCACAAAGACGAGCUCCAGCCCCAAACUCGCCAUUGCGUGCCAGGUACCGCCAGGCGGUCACAUGUCUCCGAUGGUGCGGAUGUCGUUGUGGGCUGACGUGUACGUCGUCUGCUGCCUGCUCGCCAUUGUCGCUGCGGGUGCUGGUGAUGGACCUGCACGAGGCUGCAACAUCUCGACGACCGUUUCUUGCGUGUUGUAUGAAGAUUCUGCCUGCUUCGCAAGGAUCCGCGCAAUCAACGAGAUGCAACAAAGGGAAAGAACUUUGGCUUCCUGGCCAGGAAGUCCAGAAAACCUGCAGGUGGAGCCUUUCAAAGCAGCGAACAGCCACACGCCACCUAGUGGCGGUAAUGUCGGCCUGGCUGUUAAAUGGCAUGCCCCUUCCACAUCGGCCAGACUCGUCAAAGGUUAUAGGCUAAAGGUCAGUUCUGCUAGUGGUGAAGGGCAGCAUUCUACCUGUCUAUUCGUUGAAAUCUCGCGUCAGCGGGGGAAAUCCCUCGACAAUGAGCCUUUUGUGUAUCCCCUGGGUAUAUCUAAUCUAACAAGUCAACCUCAGUGGAUUGUGGAAGUAGAGAGCAUUCCCAGCUGCCCCCACUGGCCGUGGAGUUCUAGUACAGCGUUUGUCACCAUCUACGACACCUUCAUGGAAGAUACACCUCUUACAAGCGGACCCAGACACUGGAGAACAUCCUACAUUACCAUUGCUACAACUGCCACGACACAGCCUGACCUGACUGUGAACUUUGCCCCAGCAUCUUCGUCGCUGGGUUUCGCGUCGUACACGGUGGCGCUGUGGCGGUGCGAUGGCGACAGUAGACAACAUUGUGGAGUUAACUUUGGUCUCACACUCAAGGCUCGAGCUACAGUUCCACAGCCAAACAACACCACAACUUUCUACAGUAUAGAAGCAGGGCUAUACCUGGUAUCCGUAGAAGCUGAUAAUGUAGGAAAUAUAUGUGGUACCUACAUCUCCUGCCAGAAAAGACGGUCUCAACUCUUCAGUGCCGGAGUUUCUUCACCUACAAGCAUAGCUCAGUCCUCGACCGCCUGCUACACCCACACUACAGGUCAUGGUUCCUCAUCUUCCUUAGUAGCUGCUUCGUCGCAGUCCGUUAACCCUAGAGAGCCGUUGGUCAGCAGUGAAGGCCGUCAGCAAGAGUCCAUCAGGAUGUCUUCUGCGCCAUCUACCUCGGAGUCGAAGUUCAGCUCCGCGCCUCAGAAAAAAAAGAGUUCCGGCACUAGCAGCUGGAAAAUCACAUUUCUGUCCGUCUCUGGGGCAGUGCUUGUGAUGUUAAUGCUUAUAGGGUCCAUAACUGCGUUCUGCCUACGUCGCAAGAGGAAAUAUAAAGGUUCACAGCAUUUUCAAGCUAGUCCGGUUCGUUAUGAUCCAGUCCGGUCCUGUCCAGACCAGUCCAUACUUCUGCCCAGGUCGACCAUAUUUCUGGUGUCACACUCACAAAACAGAGGUCAGAUUGACGUCACGGACGCCCUUGCUACAUAUUUGGAGGUUUUCUGCUUUUGUGACGUCAUUUACUACCGUUGGCAUCUGGACGAGUUGCUGCGCGAGGGACCAGAAGACUGGGUCAACCGACACAUCGAGAAUGCCGACUGGGUGGCGUUCGUUCACACGCCUGACACCGAGCAGAAAUUUUGGGAGUGGAGGACUGCACGGAAAACGUCAGCAGGCGACACUGACGUCCUCACUGACCGGAUGUUGGCGCAAGUUUUUGAUGACGUAGGCCGAAGCCCCGAGAAAUGCCUCAACGUGACGUUUCUUUCAAGCGGACUUCUCGCAGCCUCGUUCUGGCGUUCAGUGUCCUCAGAGAGGUCCAGAAAGCAUGUUAAUCAAUCUGAAAGCCCCAUCAUGCCACUAGAACGACUCUGUCAUGGUUCCAUCUCCUUUGAAAACAAAGAUUGCCAUUGGAACGCGAUCGGAAACGAUUCUGAAUUGACGGAGGAAAUGGAAGGGAGACAACUCCAUGAAGCAGCGAAGGACUCUCCUAAGGUUUACCGCCUCAUGAACGACUUCAGUGCUUUUCUAGCUGACAUUCACAAACUUCAGCCCGGUACUGUGUCUUUGAAGAGCCGGGGUCUUCCAGUGGAUGCAGAUCACCUCAGCACCCAGGAAGGCUGGAGUCUGUAUCGUUCUGUUGCUGUUCUCCGUGGCAACCUGACUGCUGCCUGCAGGGAUGUGCACAGAUGCUCGUCAAAAUACACCUGCUCAGCUAGGAAUACCCCUGAGGACCCUGGCCAGGAGGAGAGAAUAGAUUCAGGCUUCGACGAUGACUACAGCCCUUCGUUUAUCUCCCCUGAAGAGCUAUCCCUUGAGGACAUGGGGAUGAUGUCAGUGAACGAGGUUCUCCACGCGCUGAACGCCCGCUGUGGAUGGGAGGAAAAGGGAAGCAUCCACCCGCCUGACUGUUACAGCCUCGGGUGGCGGGAUGUGUAAAACCUUCCAUUUCUACAGCUGCAGUACGACAGUGUCGAGCUGUGGUGGGGGUGGGGAGGAUGUACAGUCAUCUCGCGACUCGUGAAAGCUCCAUUGACCUUGUUGUGCAUCGUGUGUCAUAUACAAUUGCGGACACUUUAUUUAAAAUACGAUCCUUCAAACUUUAGGCCACUAUGUUAGUUUAUAAUCAUUUCAUUCAUAGUUACAUGUGUCUGUUUGUGUGCAUUCUUAAGAUGUGUGUGAGUGCGCUCCAUUAGCCACUCUCUCUCUCUUCUUCUGAGUCCUUCAGUCCGUCUCAUUUGCUGUCUCGUCUCGUCUCUUCUUGUCUUGUCUCUUCUUGUCUUGUCUUGUCUUGUCUUGUCUUGUCUUGUCUUGUCUUGUCUUGUCUUGUCUUGUCUCCUCUCGUCUCCUCAGUCAUGAAAAAGAGGGAAAAGCGUUCAUUUGCAGUGAGUCUAACAGCACGCCCUCUUUAUUCGUCAAAAACAUUUCGUUCAAACAAGCAAGCCAUAAACUAUGGACAAGUAGAUGAAUUUGUUUACCUUCUUAAUUUCAUGACCAAUUAAAGCUCAGAAACUUUACCACACAGCUUGAAUGAACGCUAUGAGCUUCAAAAUAA